GAAUAAAAAAAGUGCUGGUGUGAGAAAGAAUGAACCAAUAUGAAUGAAGCGACCCAAAAGUUUUUAAACCAAAAAGACAGAGUGCGUUAAGAAACACAAACCACGAGCUCAGAGGAGUUGGCGUGUACGCUCAGCGAAGGUUGGUAAAAAAUUAAGAACUUUAAAUGAGAACGGGCUGUUACCCACACGCGCAGAUUCACGCGUGGAUUUUCGUUGAUGAUGUAAUAAUAAUGAAUAACUUUCUUUUGGUCGAAAUAGCUGGAUUGAGAUACUAACGAUGAUGAGAUAGAGAGUGGAAAGAGAGAGAGAGAGUUGAAGUAAGAGUAAGCAAAGCCAAAGGAGAAGAGCAUUAUAGAGAAAAAAAGAAGAAAAAAAAGUAAGGGUGAAGACUAGAGAUAGAGAGAGCAAACGCAGACGCAAACGCUGGUUGUUUUGUUGCUGCUUUAUUAUUGACUGUUGGAGAGAGAGAGUCAGAGAUAAGACCUUCAAGUUGAGUUGAAAUUUUUAUUGCAAUCUGUUUUUGUCAGUCUAAUCAAAUAUUUUUAUUUAUUUAUGAGCCUUCUAGAGAGAAAGGGAGAUGAAUGUUGUUACUUGCUAUUAGUGGAGGCUUCUGAAGAGUAGCGUGUGUUGUUUGUUGCUGCAAUGGGAACUCCACCAACGGAUGAGCUCGUGAAGAAGAUCCAACAGCUAGAGGAAGGACACGCGCACCUGAAGCAAGAAAUGUCCAAACUCAAACUCUCCGAUGUGAGACACGGCCACCAUCGCCAGAGGUCACACUCCGUCUCUCCGCAGCGUUCCAGACUGGGCGCUCCGCCGAAGAAGCGGAGCGAUGCACCGGCUGCGUGGAAGAGAGGCUCGUGUUCUUUUAAACAGUCCUCGCCGCUGCAGAGGGAGAGUCGCGGUGGCGGUGAUCCUCAAAUUCACGGCGGAGGAGGAGAAGAAGCUGCUCCGCGCCGUGGUCCUUCCGCCGUCAAUUUCACUGAACAGCAGUAUCUUAAUAUAUUACAGUCAAUGGGACAGUCUGUUCAUAUAUUGGAUCUUAACUGUCGCAUAAUAUACUGGAACCGUAGUGCGGAAAAUCUAUAUGGUUAUACAGCAGAGGAAGCUUUAGGACAGGAUGGGAUUGAGCUACUUGUAGACCCUAGGGAUUUGGACUUGGCCAAUAAUACAGUGAAUCGUGUUAUGAUGGGAGAGAGCUGGACAGGGCAAUUUCCGAUCAAGAAUAAAAUGGGGGAGAAGUUUUUAGCUGUAGCAACUAAUACGCCUUUUUAUGACGAUGAUGGAAGCUUAGUUGGGCUAAUUUGUGUCUCUAUUGAUUUGCGGCCCUUUCUCGAAAUGAAAGUUCCAAUGCCUAGUGUAAGGAACAUCGAGUCAGAUUCAGAUUCAGGUGGAACCCGACCUAGAAGUAGCAUUACAAAUAAACUUGGCCUUGACACUCAACAGCCGCUUCAAGCUUCUAUAGCUUCGAAAAUUUCAAAUUUGGCAUCAAAGGUGGGUAACAAAGUUAAGUCAAGGAUCUGGACGGGAGAAAACAAUUUGGAUCGUGAAAGUGGGAGUGGUGAAAGUCAUCAUUCUGAGCAUAGUUUGUCGGAAUCUGUUUUUUUAGAGCAGAGAGAGGAUGCUAAUUCCAGUGGAGCUAGCACCCCCAGAGGUGAUGUGCCACCAUCCCAUUUUGGUGCGUUUCCUCAUGUCGAAGAAAAAUCCCAGGGAAAAGCUCUGAGAGAGUCUGGUGAUGAGAGUGAAGGAAAAUCUAUUCACAAAAUCAUACCUAAGGCGGAAGCCUGGAUUCAAAGGAAAACAUUAUCAUGGCCAUGGAGAACAAAAGAUCGAGAAGGAUCAGAUGCAGCAAAUGUUCGUGUUGCUGGGCCAUGGAGACAGAAUGAUCAAGAAAAUGAAUCAGUUAAUCAGAAGAUUCUUUCUUCUAGCUUGAAGCAAGAAAGCCAGGCAGGUGAAAGUAAUCGCCCUACUAACCAUGAGGCUUCAGGAUCCUGGUCCUCCUUUAAUGUUAACAGCACAAGUAGUGCCAGCAGCUGUGGGAGUGCUGGCAGUGGUGCUGUCAAUAAUAAAGUGGAUGUGGACACUGAUUGCUUGGAUUAUGAAAUUUUGUGGGAGGACCUGACAAUUGGAGAACAAAUUGGGCAAGGUUCUUGUGGAACUGUCUAUCAUGCUCUGUGGUAUGGAUCAGAUGUUGCUGUCAAAGUUUUCUCAAAGCAAGAAUAUUCAGAUGAUGUGAUACUGUCCUUCAGACAAGAGGUGUCUGUCAUGAAAAGACUUCGACACCCAAAUAUUCUUCUCUUCAUGGGGGCCGUGACUUCACCUCAACGUCUCUGCAUUGUGACAGAGUUUCUCCCACGUGGAAGCUUGUGCCGCUUGUUACACAGAAACACAUCUAAACUUGACUGGAGACGGCGAGUUCAUAUGGCCUUGGAUAUUGCACGAGGUGUAAAUUAUCUUCAUCACUGUAACCCACCUAUCAUCCACAGAGAUUUAAAGUCUUCAAAUCUUCUAGUUGAUAAGAACUGGACUGUGAAGGUUGGUGAUUUUGGUCUUUCCCGUCUUAAGCAUGAAACAUUUCUCACAACUAAGACAGGAAGGGGCACGCCUCAAUGGAUGGCACCGGAAGUUCUUCGUAAUGAACCCUCUGAUGAGAAAUCUGAUGUUUAUGGCUUUGGAGUAAUAUUAUGGGAAAUUGUAACUGAAAAGAUACCUUGGGAUAAUCUCAACUCCAUGCAGGUGAUUGGAGCUGUAGGAUUCAUGAAUCAACGGCUAGAAAUUCCAAAAAAUGUUGAUCCACGGUGGGCUUCUAUAAUUGAGAGCUGCUGGCAUAGCGAUCCAGCUUGUCGGCCAACGUUCCCAGAACUGCUUGAAAGGCUUAGAGAUCUGCAAAAACAGUAUGCCAUUCAGUUCCAGGCAGCCCGAUCCACUGCCAAGGAAAGCACCCAAAAGGAGUCCUAGACAACCUUGGAGCUAUUUUUUCUGUCACCUGUGGCUGUGGCUGAUGCUUAAUGAUUUUUUUGCAUAUAUUUUACCAAAGCUCCUGGAGUAGAUGAGCUGGUACACAGCACAAACAGCUGGUCUUGGAACUUAGAGAGGUGGGGAUUACCAAACUUUUGAUAGUGAAUUGGGUUAGUCAUCUUUUUUUCUUCUCUAGUGGCAUCUUAAAGUUUCUUCAAUUGAUUGGUGGUGUUGUAUGUUUGGAGUCUUGUCAAUCGGAUCGAUUACCACCCGCAUUGUACUUUUCUAUGCUAAUGUUUGCGCCACUAUUUAAAAGUUGUACAGACGGUAGCGAAAAGAAAGGGAAAAAAUUCAUUUGACUACAUAGAUUAGAAAUGAAUCACAAAGUCAUUGUGCUUCUGUGUUUUUAGUUAA